AUGUAUCUCCUGAACCUCGCCAAUUUGGUGGCUCUCAGCCAUCUCACCGGCGUAGCGUUGUCGGUAGCUCUACAACGCCGACUUAAUGACUCGCUCGGACUCACUCCGCACAUGGGGUGGAGCAGUUGGAAUGUUGCGCAGUGCGAUGCUGCGUCGGAAACGUAUGCGUUGGGGGCAGCCAACAAAUUCAUCGAACUGGGCUUGAAAGAUCUGGGCUAUACGUAUGUUAACAUUGACGAUUGCUGGUCGACCAAAGAACGAGAUGCCUCAGGCAAUCUGGUGCCGGACCCCGCCAAAUGGCCCAAUGGCAUUCGUGCCGUGGCGGAUCAGAUCCAUGGUCUCGGCUUGAAAUUUGGCCUUUAUGGAUGUGCUGGUGAAAUGACCUGCGCAGGCUACCCAGGUUCGCAAGGCCAUGAGGCUCAGGAUGCCGAAUUAUUGGCCUCCUGGGGGGUUGACUUCUGGAAGCACGAUAACUGUUACACUCCGUGCGUCAGUGAUCCACCGCCCCAGACAUGCUGGGAAGCGUCUGUCGACACUAGGCCCUGGUAUGCCACGAUGCAUGACGCUUUCAAGAGUGUAACCAGUGUGAAGCCGAUCCUGCUGAACAUCUGCCAGUGGGGUCGGAACGAGGUGUGGACCUGGGGGGCUCAGUAUGGCCACUCGUGGCGCAUUGAAGCCGAUAAUUGGGGGGAUUGGGCGUCGGUCGUCAGAAUCGGGGCGAAGGCCUCCGAAAUUCCUCAGUACUCUGGCCCAGGUGGUUUCAAUGACCUCGACAUGCUGUUUGUCGGCAAUGGGGUACUCACUGAGGCCCAAGAGCGACUGCACUUUGGGCUGUGGGCUAUUGCCAAAUCGCCCCUUGUGAUUGGUGCUGAUCUCAACACCAUAUCGGAGAGCUCGCUCAAUAUCCUGAAGAAUAAGGACAUUAUUAGCAUUAAUCAGGAUGAACUUGGUAUCGCGGCGGGGAUCUUCCAGCCUCCGAAUGCCCCGGCGCCGGUAGCGGGUGAGAUCUAUCCGUACUGGGCGGGCCCCCUCAGUGAUGGCGUCGUCAUUGCAUUUGCUGCUGCCAGUGGUGGAGGUACAUUCUCCGUGAACUUGGUCGAUGUGCCUGGCCUAGAGGGUGGUUCAUAUAGCUGGAAGGAGCUCUAUUCGGGAGAGGAGGGUUCUGGCGAAAGCAUAACUUUUGAUGUGGCUGACGAUGAUAUCGCAAUCUUCAAGGUCACUACCUCUUGA